AUGGCUCAGGUCGAGAAUGCCGUCGGGAUUCUCUCGAACCCCACCUCCGAUCAAUCUCUCAAGGAGCAAGCUUUCGAAUACCUAAACCAACUACGAAACGAUCCCUCAGGAUGGCAAGCUUGCACUACCCUCUUCGCUCGAACCCCCCAAACCUCAGAAGUCGUCCGCAUGGUCUGUCUCGAAGUGGUCAACUAUGCGGUGCACACUCAAGGUCUCGACCAGGCAAGCCUGGCUUUCCUCAAAGACACCCUUCUCCAAUACUGUCGCCAAACAUACGGUCCUAACGCCCAGCAAGAAGCCGACCCUUAUCACCUUCAGAACAAGCUCACACAAACAUUGACGUACUUGUUUGUCUUUCUUUACCAAGACGGAUGGCAGAGCUUCCUCGACGACCAACUUGAGUUGACCGGCCUCUCCACAAAUACCGACAACGUCCCAGGCGUCGUUUUUUAUCUUCGAACUCUGGGAUCCAUCCAUGACGAGAUUGCAGAUAUGCUUCUGUCACGGCAGAGCAACGAGACCAAGCGAAAUACCGAGCUCAAGGACCAACUUCGAGCUCAGGAUAUGCACAAGGUGUCUGAGUCGUGGAAGCAGCUCCUAACACGAUACUCGAACAACGAUACCGUCGUAGAACUUGUUCUCAAAGUCUUGGGCAAGUGGGUUAGCUGGAUGGACAUCUCCUUGGUUAUCAGCCAGGAUAUGCUCGGGCUGCUGCUGCCGGUAGUUGGCCGACCAAGCACUAAUGUACAAGACAAGGUCCGCGACACCGCCAUUGAUACCUUGAAUGAGAUAUGCGGCAAGAAGAUGCGUUCGGCAGACAAGAUGGAGAUGAUCUCCUUCAUUAACCUCAGGGAGAUUGUUGAACAAUUAGUUGCUAGCCCCCCGUUGAGCGAGUACAAGGGAACCUCUCGUUACGAUACGGACCUGGCCGAAGCAGUGGCCAAGUUAGUUAACACCGUACUCUCCGAUAUCGUACGGGCCCUUGAGGACAACCAGAUCAGUGAUGACACUCGCGCUAGAGCUAAUCAGCACCUCCAAGGGUUCCUCCCUUUCCUUCUGCGCUUCUUCUCUGACGAAUAUGAUGAGGUCUGCUCGUCUGUCAUUCCCGCCCUGACAGACCUUCUCACUUUCCUCCGUAAACUCACUGUUGUUCACCAAGACUACGGCGGUAUGCUUGCGCCAAUUCUAGAUGCCAUCAUCCACAAAAUGAGAUACGAUGAGACUACCACCUGGGGUGAUGAAGAUGAGCUCACAGAUGAAGCUGAAUUUCAAGAGCUACGUCGCAAGCUACAGAAUCUGCAAAAGUCAAUUGCAGCCAUUGACCAGCCUUUGUACAUGGAUAUGCUCAGCAACUUGGUUGCCACCACUUUUCAAACUCUUGAUCAGCAGGGCUCGCAAAUGGACUGGCGAGAUCUUGAUCUUGCGUUGUAUGAGAUGUACCUCUUUGGCGAGCUUGCACUUCCCAAUCAAGGACUGGGCACCAAAAACCAGCCUUCUACUGAGGCCUCGGAGAGGUUGGUGGUUAUGAUGCAGAAGAUGGUUGAAUCUGGUAUUGCCAACUUCUCUCAUCCCGCCAUCCUUCUGCAGUACAUGGAGAUUUGUGUGAGGUAUUGCGUGGUUUUCGAGAACCAUCUCUCACAGUACAUCCCUCAAGUUCUAGAGAACUUUGUGCGAUUGGUUCACCAUGACCACGUUCGGAUAAAGACGCGAUCGUGGUACUUGUUCCACCGCUUCAUCAAGCAGCUGCGUGCUCAGGUUGGCAAUGUUGCAGAGACAGUCAUCCAGUCGAUCGGAGAUCUCUUGCCCAUCAAGGCCGAGGUCCCUGGUGAUGAUGCCGACGAUGAUAUGUCAUCAGACGAAUCUGACCACUCCGCGGAUGCUCUCUUUACAAGCCAACUGUACCUUUUCGAGGCCAUUGGCUGUAUUUCCUCGACCCAAAGUACACCUGCUGAUAAGCAGGCCUUGUACGCUCGAUCUGUUAUGGACCCCCUAUUCACCGACAUGGAAGGACACCUCCCACGAGCCAAGUCUGGAGAUGCGCAGGCUACCCUUCAAGUGCACCACAUUGUUAUGGCAUUGGGCACAUUGGCCCACGGGUUCUCUGACUGGACUCCGGGUAUCACCUCCGCUAAUGCUCAUGGACCUCCUGACAAGGCUGUCUCGGAUGAGUUUUCUCGCGCAGCCGAAGCCAUUCUCAUUGCCCUCAACCAGCUGAACUCGUCUUCUGAGAUCCGAACUGCUUGCCGAUCAGCCUUUUCUAAGCUGUUGGGUGUCCUUGGUGCUGCCGUGCUGCCCCAAUUGCCCCAGUGGAUUGAAGGACUGCUGUCUCAGAGCUCAUCUAAGGACGAGAUGGCCAUGUUUCUUCGUCUGCUGGAUCAAGUGGUGUUUGGCUUCAAGGCUGAAAUUUACGAGGUCUUGAACAUGCUCUUGACGCCUUUACUUCAACGUAUCUUCGGUGGGCUUACGGAGCCCAUUGCUGGUACCGAUGAUGAGAUUCAGCUGGCCGAGCUGAGGAGGGAAUACCUCUCUUUUCUCCAGAUUAUUCUGAACAAUGGAUUGGAUGGUGUUCUCGUCAGUGAAUCUAACCAGGGCUUCUUUGAGCCUAUGAUUUCCUCUAUCAUUGAGCUCGCCAAGACUCUCGAGGGGAACAUCGGUGGUAGCCGUCUGGCUUUCACUCUGAUGACAAGGAUGGCAGCCAUAUGGGGAGGACCUGACGUUGCCACUAUUUCGCAGAACCCAACGGCUCCCUCUGGAAGCCCCAACCCCGCAUUUCCUGGCUUUGACCAUUUCAUGAUUCAAAGGUUCCACUCGACUUGCUGGGAGGUUAUGAAGAACCCCAGCUUCCGGCCUUACCAGGACGCUCAGACUAAGCAAAUUCUCACAGAGAUUGCAGGUCUAGAGCAGACCAUUUACACCAAGACGGGCGAGUCUUUUAUCCAGGAACUCCAAAACAACAUCUUCCCUAGCCUUGGGGUUAACGGUGAUGACUUUUUACGAUCUCUUACGACGUCGACGGACAAGAGGCAGUUUGCUUCAUACCUGCACAACCUGCUCAAGUCCCGACAGUAA